GGAGCCCCUCCAACACAGCUGGAGAGAAAGAGAGAGUUUUGAGAGCGAAUGGCGAGCCAAGGCGUUGCCUCCAUGUUGCCUCUGGCAUUGCUCCUCGGAGCCUAUCCCACAAAGGAGUUUUUUUGGAGGUAGAAGAUAGUAAGAUGUACGCACGUUAAUCUUAGAUUCCAUUAAGAGAAGCAUUAGCUAGCUAGGUAAGGUGUGUGUGUGUGUGUGUGUGUGUGUGUGUGUGUGUGUGUGUGUGUGUGUGUGUGUGUGUGUGUUUAGUUGUAUGUCGCUUUCGUUCUGCGUUCUAUUCUUCCCGCGUCACCGGUCUCAAUCUCUAUCUUUGAUGCGUCCAUCAAUGCAUGGGAGCACAAUAACUUCUCCAUUUUUUUGAAAACUGAACACGGUAAAUUUUGUAAAAAUCGUUUUCGCCAAAAUAAUUAGGAGUGCGUCUUGGAUUUAUAUAGGCAUGUACCACAUGCACGAAGAUGAAAGUGCACGUUUGAUCGACCUUCGGUGUGUUUUUUCUAGGGAAAAAAACGUUGCAAGAAGUAGGUAUCCCGCAUGGAAGUUAAUAUCUUAAAAUAAAAAAUGACAUUUUCUAGUCGAAAAUUGAAAGAGGUAUGGGUUUCCACGAGAUAAUAAUCAAUGAAAAUGAUACUUGUAGAUAGUUUUAACUGUUUAACUACAAAAAGAAAAAUCUAGUUGAUUGUACAUCCAAAAGCAUCAAAAAGCUUGCAAAUGAAGUCUCGAAAUGUUUGGUGAGCCAUCUUUUUACAAAGUCAGAAGGUUGAACUCCAGUGUCAUGUUUCGACAUAAUAAUCAGUGAAGCUAGUAUCUCUUUCUCCAGUGUCAUGUUUUUAUUUUGGCGGGUGAUCUCCAGUGUCAUGUUAAUUACCUAGAAAGUUUUUCUUCUUCCCUGCAUGCAAAGUUGUGCGCAACGGUUUGAUACACACACACUAGGCAGACAGUGUCGCCCUAGCACUGUUGACACGAGCCCUAGCUAGCGAGUACCCCAGUACUGCCACUGUUCCAUUCUUUUAAGUUUAACGAAAAUGAUUGCACCAGCUGCCCUAGCUACUAAUUGACUCAUUUGCGGUCUUGUGUACUCAUCGUAUCUUCAAAUUUCACCUGAUCGAUCAAUGGUACAUGACGCCAUCAAAGCAUUAGCUACUUCAGAGCUGACCCGCAAAUGGCUCUGUAUAUGUUUGCUUUUAUGUUCGGACGUGAUCCCAAACAUGAUGCAGGAGAGAGUCAUCCAAUUCUUUUCAUAAAUUAGUCCGUAUUUGUUCGUUUGGGAGGAAAAAAGAAGAGGACCAUGUGGUGAUUUUUAUUGGUCAAGUGAAUGUCCGGACACCGGUAUAAGUCCAUCAGUUUGUUUUGGAUUUGCCGGAAAACGGACGUCCGGACCACUUCGCGGAUCGAUGGGGUUCCACUGAAUGACAAAGUUUGACAUAAACGCUACGGACACUAUAAUAUGGACAUAUACCGAAGGAUUGAGAGUCUAUUGUAAAGAUGCCCCGACUAACUAUAACCCAGGUGUCGGCUCUGCUGGCCUUUCCAAGUUUGGUCCGCCUAAAAUGGCUUGAAAGGAAAUAACUAUGAUUUAUAUACUUUAGUGACAAAAACAAUAUUUAAGUCGGGCAUCAACCACUAGAGUAUGUGGGUGAAAGAGAUGGGGCAUCCUUUUGGUUUGAAGGAAUUUUAUAGGAUAGGAUUCUUAUAUGAAUUUUCCUUUAGAGCCCUUUGAUUCAUAGAAAUGGAUUCCUAUUUCUACAUAGAAUUGGCUCCUAUCUUUCAUAUUUUAAAGGAAAAUAAACAUGAGCCUAGAAUCAAUGGAAAAAUUACUAUGAUGUGAACCAAAUGACAUUUUUUUCCUAUUCCUACUCAUACUAUUUAAGAUACAUGUCAUCUUAUUUCCUAUAAUUUUUUUAUAUUCCUAUAACAAUCCUAUCCUAUGAACCAAAAAGAUCUAAAAACCAGUUAUGCAAACCUAGAAGCUACACGCAUGCAUGCAUCAUGCAUGUAUACAAGAUUUCAGUUAAAUGUCCUUUUCGGAGAGAUCCCUCGCCAACAGGUGAAAAUGCUGCUACUCGCUUGCUGUGUGUUCAUGCAUUGCCACCAUUUUUAUUUUUAUUUUGCAGAAAAUGCAUUGCCGCCAUUAUAUUCUUACUUAGGGCAUCUAACGGCGGCUGACCCCUAAAUUGUACUACCUUCGUCCUGAUUUAUUGUCCUCCUUUGUAUUUUUUAUUUAAUUUUGAUCUUAGAUCUAACUAAACAAAUUUUGAUGCAUGUAACCAAAGUUAAUAUCACUGAAAACUAUGUUUAAAUACGAAUCCAACUAUAUAAUAUUUGGUGACACGCAUUAUAAUUUUCUAAGUUAAAUCUAUUGUCAAAAUUUGGCAUAAAAUACUAAGAAGACCAAUAAACCAGAAAGGAGGUAGUACACCGUAUCUAUCCACAUAUCAUUUCGGAUCGAUGUCCUGACACUGAUAGGGAAGCCAACCAUCCAAUCACAUACCUCAAAUAUGCAUGUGGCUGCCUGUAAUAACAGGUUAUUUUCUCAGAGGUUAACAAACCAAUGUUACAUGCAUGUACCUUACUCGCAUGCAGUCGUGGAGUCCAUCGGGGUGUGCUACGGCAUGAGCGCCAACAACCUGCCAGCGGCGAGCACCGUCGUGGGCAUGUUCAAGUCCAACGGGAUCAAAUCGAUGCGGCUGUACGCCCCCGACAAGGCGGCGCUGCAGGCCGUCGGUGGCACGGGCAUCUACGUGGUCGUCGGGGCGCCUAACGACGUGCUCUCCAACCUCGCCGCCAGCCCGGCGGCCGCCGCCUCGUGGGUCAGGAGCAACAUCCAGGCGUAUCCCAAGGUUUCCUUCCGGUACGUCUGCGUCGGAAACGAGGUCGCCGGCGGUGCCACCCGGAACCUCGUCCCAGCAAUGAAGAACGUGCAUGGCGCGCUCACUUCCGCCGGGCUGGGCCACAUCAAGGUGACCACGUCGGUGUCGCAGGCCAUCCUCGGCGUGUACAGCCCGCCCUCUGCCGGGUCCUUCACCGCAGAGGCGGCCGCGUUCAUGGGCCCCGUGGUGCAGUUCCUUGCCCGCACCCGCGCACCGCUCAUGGCCAACAUCUACCCCUACCUGGCCUGGGCCUACAACCCGAGCGCCAUGGACAUGAGCUACGCCCUCUUCACCGCAUCCGGCACCGUGGUCCAGGACGGUGGCUUCGGGUACCAGAACCUGUUCGAUACCACGAUGGACGCCUUCUACACGGCCAUGGCCAAGCACGGCGGCUCUAACGUGAAGCUAGUGGUGUCGGAGAGCGGGUGGCCGUCCGGCGGCGGCACCGCGGCGACUCCAGCCAACGCCAGGUUCUACAACCAGCACCUCAUCAACCACGUCGGGCGCGGAACCCCACGCCACCAGGGCGCCAUCGAGACCUACAUCUUCGCCAUGUUCAACGAGAACCAGAAGACCAGCGGCGUGGAGCAGCACUGGGGACUCUUCUACCCCAACAUGCAGCACGUCUACCCCAUCAACUUCUGAUGGCGCUAGAUAUUCUUUUAACAAUUGAAGUUGCUUACAUACGCGAGGAUGCACUCACCCAAUGAACGCACGCGCGCAUACCCUAUCCCUAUGAGCGUGUAUGCCAUACGUAUCUGGACAUUAUGUAUAUAUUGUGCAGUGCGUGGAUUGGGUUGCCACCGCUGAGGCAGCUCAGAUUCGUACGUACGCGACACUAGUGGUUUGCUAUACUAAUACAAAAAGUGUAUGUAUGAUUUACGAUGGAAGGGAAGCAGAUGUAAACGCUCUCGCUUCCUCGAUAUA